AUGCUACUUGGAGCUGGCGCCGACAUCAACGCCGUCGAUACGCGAGGCAACACGGUGCUGCACACCGCCGUUGCGUCAUUGGACGGGAACCGCGACGCGCACUGCGCCUUCCUCUCGCGUCUUCUUGUCGUCUGCAGCAAGGCGUCCUUGGACGCCGAAAAUACGGACCGCAAGCUCGCAUCCGACGUCACCGAGAACCCCAAGCUGCGGGCCGUCCUUGCUCAGGAGAGAGAGUUUCGGUCGCAGUUUCCGCUGCACUUCAUGGCACGCGCCAAUGACGUCGACAGCGUCAACGAAAGGCUACUCUCUCUCAUGGCCGAGGUGGUCGAAGUGGCGCUCUUGCGUCGAGACAUGCAUGAAAACACAGUCUUGAUGUACGCCGUGGAAGCCCUCGAUAGCAACGCAGAGCGCCAAGUCCUCGACAUUCUCUUGCCCUACUGCUCCAAGGAGUCCUUGAUGCUGCAUACCAAGGGUGAACGUACGAUCGUCGGUUGUCUCUUACAAAAGGGCCUUGUGUGCUUGCCGACCGCCGACGGCGCCAACAACGCAGUGACGCUCGAGGCGCUUCGAUCGCUGGUUGAUGAAAAGCAGCAACUGCUCGACUAUACGCGCCACACUAUACGAGCGCACGAGGGGGUGCCGCCGCGCACGUGCGCUGGCGACUGCAUCGAAGCACGCCGGACAAGUGACGACAACCUCGCCAAGCUCGCACGCGAUAAAAAAUGGGGCGAGCUGCGUAGUCGCCUCAAGGCCACGCAGGACAUUGCCAACAUCAACGAACUCAAUGAUGAGGGAUGUACGGCGCUGCAUCAUGUGUGCGGCUACGGCGACGUCCGAACACUGACACUGCUCUUGCAGCAGACGCAUUUGCAGAUCAACAUCCAAUCUAGCAGCAACAAGGCGCCAGUUGAAUUCGCCAGCGAGAAGGAUCAACCUGAGUGCGUCCGCCUCCUCCUGCAAGCCGGCGCGCACCAUGGCGUGCCUCGAGCGGCUGGGAAGACGGCGCUGCACGUAGCAACGGAAAAGGGGCUACCCACGUCGGAUGGAUCAACGGCGCUCAUGACGGCGGCGAGACUUGGCUACGUGGGCCACGCGACAUUUCUCAUCAAUGAAGGCGCCGACGUCGACCUCAUGGACACGAAUGGCCACACGGCGCUGCUGCACGCCGCGAUGCAAGGACACUUGGCCGUUGUCGAGCUGCUCUUAGCCCACCGCGCCUACUUCGAUCCGACGCGGGACGGAAUCCCGAUCGUCAAGCGACUGCGCGCCGCUGUGUUUGGCCCGUGGAAUAAGGAGCAAACGGAGAUCCUGCAGCUUCUCGAGAAAGAAGAGCAAGCGAGAGAUAUCUCGCCAGCGUUUCGCAACAAGCGCGCGCUGGGCAUGAUCACCAUGACGACCAACCAGGUCUUUGCCAGUGAUAUCUUCUCUCGCGCCAUUCGCUGCAACACGACGCUCGGGCCCGCCUUUCUCAACGAUUGCGUCGACUUGCGUCGGUAUGAAGCAGUGUUUUCGCAGCUCGACCUCGUCUACGGUACGAGUGUCAGCGACAAUCCCCUCCGCGCGGUCUUGAGCUUGGACCUCCAAGACCCGGACGAGACCUUUGCGACGCAGCAAGCAUGUCUCGAGCACCCGGUCUUUCGCCGCGUCCUCGAGAUCAAGUGGAUCCUCUUUGGCCGGCGCCUCUACUUUGAGCAGCUGCUCGUGAACGUGGUCAUGUUGGUGGCCAUGCCCAUAUCGUCCGCACUCGCCAACGAAAAGACGCUGCCGUGGUUUGUUCAUGGCAUUGGUCUCUCGACGUUUGUCAUUGUCCUUGUCAGUCUCGCGGUCACCAAGUGCUGUCUACGACGAGUCGUCGCCGAGACGACGCGAUGCAACACGUUUGUCGUGUCCAUAGUUCUCGUCUUCUUGCUCAUCGCGUUCAUCGGCACACCCACUGCUGCGUUAACCGCAGCGCUGCUCCGUUUCUGUGAUGCGCUGCGCGUCACCGACUGGUUUGGUUAUGCCAACAAUGGCCUCUUGGUCGUCACGUCGGCCUACUUUUUCCGAGUCAAACACCGGGAAAGACGUGUCGACAUUCGAGGUUAUGCGUCAUUGUCAUUGGGCCUCUUGCAGCUGAUUCUCUACACCGUCAUCUUACUAUUCGCCGUGUCGAGUCUAUGUGGCUGGAUUCGCGACGAGAUCAAGGUCGUGCUCGGCGCUGUCCUCACGCUCAGUCUCUGGGUCCUGUCGCUUCAGUUUCUGGAGGUUGCUCCAUCGGUGAGCUACCUCUUGCCCAUGAUAUCGGACCUCUUGCGCGACAUUUGGAACUUUUUGAUUCUGUUUGGCGUCUUCCAACUCGGCUUGACGCUGACGUACGUGCAACUCUUUCAAGGGCACGUACACGGCAACGACACUCACGUCAGCGACGCCUUUGGCACCCUCGGUCAGUCGUUCAUCUCGACGUACUUUGUCGCAUUUAGUCAGACGCCAUUGGACUCGCUCAGCGAAUUCGCCGACUCGGACAACACGGCGUCGGAUCGGAGGGCCACGUACACUGUGAUUGCGAUCGUGCUCAUGGUACACUCGGCAAUUGUGGUCUUUGUACUGCUCAACAUGCUACUGGCGUUGAUGAACCAGACAGUCAGCAAGGGUCUCGAGAAGGCCAAAACACGAGCGUUGAUGAUCUAUGCGCAGUGCAUCUUGCGGCUCGAAGGCGCCAGGCUUACCGACGCCAAGGUUCAUGCGCUCAUGCACGUGCCUGGCUCGGAUGGCAUGCCGGUGCUGCACCCGAUCUUCUCUGAGAGUGUUCCUCGGGCCAACCUUGGGCUCACACCAGACCAAGCCGAGACGUUGCAGCGCUCUCAAGUGAGUCGCGCGGCGUGGCUCGACCAGAUGCAAGCUCUGGAUAAGGCUGUCAUGGACGAGGUCGGGUUUGUGGUGGAUGGUCUCAGCCACGUCAGUCACUUUACAGAUCUCAACGUCCACGAAAUCUUUGCGCGCGAGUUUGAAGUGCUGGCGACUGCUCAACGGCAGCUUCGGGGCGACAUUGAGAAGGCGCGACGCAGCCGCGGUUGCUUCAAGAAGGAGAUCCUCACCAAGCUCGAGAAGCAGGUGGCAAAGGAUGUUCGAGAUCUCAAGGCUCAGCUUCUGAGUGCCUGGAAUGGCUCGACAACAGCCGACACAGCCGACGACCACUACAAGUGCGUGAUGCUCUACCAGAUCAACCAGCGCUCGGCGCUCGACGCACUCCUGACCAAGAUGGCCAACAGCAUCCUCGCAGCGAUAUCAAACGUCCCCCGUGACGACCACGAGAAGCAAGACGACCAAGAGAACCAAGAGCUCCGGCUCGAGCUUCGUGUGCAGCGCGAGUCGACGAACAAACACAUCGAGGCAAUGAAGGAGCAGCAAGUAGAGACGACGAAGCAGCUAGGUGAAAUUCUAGCGCUUCUGCGCAGCAUCCGUAGUUAA